GCCGUCCUAGCAGUGAUAUAUGUCGUCAUCACAUACAUUCUUUACUAUGACAACAUGCUGCCAUUGCUCAUGACCGGUGGCGUCGAUGGCCUCUUCCUCGUCGCCGCUAUCGUUGUGGCCUCGUUGAUCGGCAAGCCCCUUUCGAAGCUCAACUGCGAACUCGUCCCAGUGGCACCCGACGCCGAAGUGCACACUCUUUUCUCGGCAGCCGCCCACGUGUUCCGGACAACAACCCUCACCAAAACCAUCCCCUACUCGACCUUUGUCACGCUCGACCGGCCAGUGUGCUACGAGAUUAAAGCGGUCUGGGGUCUUUCCAUCACCCUGUGCGUGCUCUUCGCCUUCUCAGCGCUGGUCUGCGUAUUUCUGUGGAAGCGCAUUCGUCGGGACAACGCCACCCCCAAGGACAUCGAAGGUUAGGGACGCGCGGGCGCCUUCGGGGGAAGCAUGGCCAAGCCGAAGAAGCAGCCAUGGGAGCUCAACGCGCCCCUUGGCGCUCAGACCGUUGCCGACGCCGUUGCUGCUCCCCCUCGCUUUCCGCCUCCCCCGCUGGCGCCCAUCCGUGACCGCGGGGCCCACCGGCUCCGCCUCAGCAACCCGCGUCUCUCCCUGCCCCGCUCCAGCUACGACUCGGACGCCUCAUCGACCUACAGCGACGCCGGUAGCCCGCCGCAGCCGCGUGCUGGUGGGCUCCGGCCGCCCCCACCGCCACGGAACAUGCGGGAGAAGACCCGGGCCACAAUGCCCACCAUCCCCGGUUCACCGACAGAUGAGACCGAGCAGGACGGGAUCUCGCCUCUCUUGUCCCGCGCGCCGCCUGCUCUUCCCGCUUCCGUACCUCGCAGCAGCAACCCAACCAGCCUCACGCCCAAAGAAAAAUCACCUGCACCAACAGACAACACCCCAUCAACGGAGUCGCCCAGCUCUCCCAGCGACGACGUAAUCCCCGACGAGCACAAACGCGUCCCGGGCCUAAUCCUCCGCUCACCUCUGUCACCCACCUUGCUCCGGGGCUUGAGCUUGGGCCUGAUGCCCGGAAGCAAGCGGCGGAAGCGGAAGCCCGUGCCCCCGCCCAUCGUGGUGGUCCACCCGCCGAGGAGUGACUAUCUGCUCGAGGGGAAGAGCGCGGCUAUCGAGAUGGCGGCCAUGUCGGCUUCGUCUACUACCACCACCACCACCACCCCGAGCAAGAGCCCGGAGAUGGUUAAUGUAGGAGGGGAAGAGCCGCCGGCCGCGACCGCCGCGAAGCCCAAACGCAGGACCGUGUGGGGCAUCAUUGAGGGGUGGUGGGAUCUGGGGCUUUUGGAGAGGAUGAAUACCGUCAGGUCGCGCAGGAAGUAAUCAUGUUGGGUUCACGUUGGCACGGGUCUUGGAAGGGCCUGGCUUCAGCGGGGGCCGGUAUCAAAAUUGGAUUGGAGUUUGGGACGGAUCUUUUUGCCUGGGAAGAUGAAAACAUAGAUUGUUUAUGUGGGUAAGGUAGUUAGCUUGUUCUGGUAACUGGUAAUGAGUAAUAAACAAAAUUUAAUGUUUGCGUGAUGUGUUGAAAGGGUGGUUACGGUUGGCUCCAAUUCAGAGAUGUC